AUGCAUCAACUCCCUAUGGUCUAUCCCGGUUGCUCCCUCGAGUAUGAGGGAGAAAUUCUUUUAAGCCCGCUCGUGGUCCCUGGCCCCCGCGAAGCAGUUGACUUCCGGGAGCAGCUGGUCUGGGAGGUCAUCCUCGGACAACAGUGGAUCGAUUUUGGCAAGUGCAUCCGUCUUGGCAAGGGCCAUUUUGGGCCAGACCGGCCGGUGUCCUGGCAAGGGCCAUCCUGGGCCGGAGUGGGGCUCCAUCCUGGGCCAGAUUGGGCUGCAGACGAGGGCUGGCGCACCGAAAACACUCAACUUUGUUACUUGGUGGAAGUUUUCACCAGCCACAACCUGGCUUGUCGCCAGCUUUUCCUUUCCGUCUCCAAGAACAGUAUUCGUUUGUCUCAAAGGGACGACGAGGGAACGCCCUGCAGCGGAAUUGGAGAUCCCAUUCAUACCGAUGAUGCCUCGAACUGGGACCUGUCCACAUCGCCGGAUGGGCUUAUGCUGGGAGGGAUCAUCAGCUUCCAGGCCGCAGCAGGCGGAGUAACCUGCGACAAUGUGGCGGAGUUUGCGCAUCGGCUAAUGUUCGGGUACUUGUGUGCCCACGCAGCGUCACUUGGCCGUUUUCGGAGGAUGCUCGACAUGGACGAGUCGGGUUUCGUUCCCGGAGUUGUCAUCGUGCGACAGGCACGGAUGCUGGAGCGCAUGGGCCGGGGCGUGACUCCUGGGAUGAUCGUGGAGAACCCCUUCAGCUUCAUUGGGAAGGGCCCGGAGGAUCCCGUGAGCCAGGAGGAGUUCAUCGACCUCAUCGAGGAGGUUCGCGAAGCCCGAAGGCUCCGGGAAAUGAAUGCCGAGAACCGCCACCCACUGUUCAUCUCUUCGAGCUUCGUGCAAACAGCAACGGCGCCCAAGAACGAUUUCGGUCCGCGCGCCUUCGUCAAAACGGUGAUGAAGAUGGGCUUGCUCCACUUGACCUACCAUGGCAACUUGGUCCAGGCCGCCCUGCCCUCCUUCGAUAAGCUCCUGUGGCUCUUCGUCUACUUGCACUGGACCUUUAACAGCCCGGGGGCCCGGUGA